AAGCCGCGUGUGUUAGACGACGAAGCAACUUAAAUUGUUAUCGAGCGAAAUCGUAAAUUUUCAAUGAUUUUUUUUGUCACAGAUUCUAUAAAUUAUACUUAUUUAUUGAAUCUAUAAAAAUACGAAUAUGUGCGACGAGGAUGUAAUACGCAGAAGAUUACUCAUAGACGGGGAUGGUACUGGAGAUGAUCGUCGAAUAAAUAUGUUAUUAAAGUCGUUUGUAAAAUGGAUAAACAGUUCUGACGCCGAUAACACGUUACACGAGAGAAUGCUGUCGCAACUUGCCCAGUGUGAAUUUGCACAAAGGAAAUCUAGACUAGUCUCGAACAUGAGUCAAGAAGAAUUGAAGAGUUAUAGUAAUUUAUCGAAUGAGAUAGAAAUACAAAUAGAGGAAGCCAAAAAGGAAAUAGAAAAGACAAAAGUAGAACUGCACGAAGCUAAACGCGUAAGAAAAAAUAGGAUAGAGUACGACGUAUUGGCAAAGGUUAUAAACGAGCAACCGGAUAGAUUGGAAACCAACGAGAAACUCGCUACGCUGCGUCAGGAAUUGGGAAGUCUAAAGGAAAAAUCUGAACAAUUGGAGCACAAGUUAGAAAUGCGAAGAAAACAGUUUCACGUUCUUAUAUCCUCUAUACAUUCUUUGCAAGGAAUGUUGGACGAAUGCGACGAAGAAAUAAUGGAUAUCAGUUUAGAAAAUUACGAAGACACUGAUACAACUUCUAUGGAGAUGUCUUUUAGGUACAUGUCUGAUAGUUAAGGAUAAUCUCGUACUUCUUUCCAAUACCUGUCCUUCUUUAUACUCUACGGCGCACAUAUCCAAAUUCUUGAUUAUUCCCUUUGAAAUAGUGUCGGUACAAGUUUCCGCAAUAGCAUGCAAAUAAUCGUUAUAUAACUCUCCUCUCAAAAUCAACAGACUCCUACGUUCCAACAACAAACUGAACUCCAAUUUAAGUUGCUGCGGCUAAAAAAGAAAAAUGUACAUACGUGUACGUACGCGUGCGCGCGUAGCACGUACGUUCGUUUCGUUAGCAAUAUUAUAUUCGACAAAAUUUAGUGAUCGUAUACCUCCGUAAUGUCGUUACGUUUGUAGAAAUCUAGAAGAGUGUGAGAACCGCAACUGAUAGUAGUUACUAUCGGGUAAAAAAGUGGACCGUCCGAAUGUGCCUGUUAAAAAUUAAAAUUUCCAGAAAGGACGUACAAAUGUUUGGGUAAGAGCGAUAUCCGAUUGGGUAUGGUUGCGCAUACGAUCGCCACGUACCAUUAUUCCUUGCGCAGGCAAAUACUCGUUAAUUAAUACAUGAUUGGGCGGCUUGUCUCGUUCGAAAACAUUUAAAGAAGUUAUUCUAUCAACGUAAUUUCGAAGCCACUGAAAAUUUAUUAUCGCAUAUUACAUUAUUUUUCAUUUACAACGAUUUACUCACGCUUGGUAUUUCUUCCGCUAUCAUCCCCUUGGGGUGAGGUAUACCGCCCCAAUUUUGUAAUCUUCUGUAACUCAAUUGAGUCCACUUCGGAAGGGGGACGGUAUUAACAUGUUUCGUUAUUUGACUUUCUUCUUCUUCGGUUAUAAAAUUCGGUAUGUAUUGUGCCAUCUCUGGAAUCUACAGUUUCAUAUCUGUAUUUUAAGAACCGUCGACAUAACCUUUCUCCCUCGGCUUACGAUAAAUAAUAACAGACACGAACCUCUCUAACCGCGUUUUCCACGAAAACGCGCUUUCGCGUGCUCAUCUUUUGAUAAUCUUUAACGUCAAAGAUGAUCGAUUAAGAAAUGACAACGAUCGAUCGGAACGAUAAAGCAAUCUGUAUUGAUUUAAGAACGUGAUACGACGGUCCGAUCGGUAUCGGAUCUCGAGCGAAUAAUCGUCGAACGCAAGCUGAUUGAUACGUAAACUCUGUCGUCAGAGAGCGUACGCGUCAACAAACGAGAUCGUUUUGUCGUUCAAGCUAAAAUCAGUAAAUCGACGUAAAUUCAACCUCCGAUUAGAACAUCGAUGAGUCGAAAGAGGAAAGAGAGUGGAGCAACAAUCGUCGAUUCGAUCGACUUUUCAAUCAUUUUUGGAAUAUUCUCCGUAAGCCGCGUUUAUCAACGAAUACGACGACAUUGUUAUAUAA